GUCAGUUCUGCUCAACCAGUCACACGGCAGGGAGUUUACGUACGGAAGACGAUUCCGGGAACCAUAUUCUCCUAUAAGAAACAUAAUUCGUUACCAUUUGAGGAAUUAAAGUGCUAAGAGAGUGUCCUCUUGCUUUCUAGUCCGUAGAGAAGAAUCUCAAGUGCUCAAUUGCAAUAAAGUUAAACUGGUGGUGAGAGAAAACCAAGUGCUACCGAAGGAUGGGCCUGAAGGACUGUCAAAUAGAACUGGAUAAUCCCUGGAAUACAUAUUAUGCCGGCCAGACGGUAAAUGGGAAGGUCACAUUUACAUUCGACUCGCCGAAAAAGAUUCGAGGCAUCGUGAUCAAGUUCUCCGGAGAAGCGGAAACCAAAUGGAGCCAAACCGAAACGAAAACCGAUCAGGAAGGAAAGCAGUAUGAAUCGACGACGAACCUCACCGGUCAGGAGGAGUAUUUCCAAAUCCAGUACUACCUGCUGGGUGGCAAAAACAGCAAAGAAAUUGAUCUGGAGGCGGGAACUCACAGUUAUCCCUUCACCUGUGCGCUGCCUCCCACUCUUCCUUCGUCGUUCGAAGGUGAAUGGGGCUUCGUGCGUUACACGGUGAAAGUCACACUGGAUCGACCGUGGAAGUUUGAUCAAGAUGUUAAGAUGGCCUUCACGGUUAUCUCACCGGUGGACCUCAACACGAAUACUCGCGUUAAAGAUCCCUUCAAGCUGGAGCUGGAGAAAACAUUCUGCUGCUUUUGUUGCGCUUCCGGACCCCUGAGUAUUAUCGUGCACAUUCCAGUGACUGGUUUUGUUUCCGGACAAACGAUUCCAUUGACAAUCGAGUGCGACAACGCAAGCAACGUCGGAGUGGAAUCGGUUAAGCUAGUGAUGCGGAAAUUGCUCGCUUUCCACGUGCAUACUCCACGUCGUGAAACGAAGAAAAAGAAGGAAGUCAUUUCUGAAGUGUCCGUGGGCCCUGUGGAGGCCGGUAACAGCCAAACGUGGAAUCAGCACAUCCAAAUACCUCCCUUACCGCCAUCGAAUCUAGUCAACUGCGGUAUUAUUGACGUGGACUACGACAUUAAGGUGGAAGCAGUCGUGUCCGGUCCACAUGCCAACCUUGAUGGCAACAUCCCAAUUGUGUUGGGAACGGUACCAUUGAGCUCGUUCCAACCUCCACCCCCAUACACGGACAAUCCCGCGGAGGUGGACCCCUCGAUGCUGCCAACGCAACCGGUUAGCCCGGCAAGUCCACCGAACGGAGCCGGUGGAGCAUUAGGCUGGAAUAUCGCUGACGGAGGGGAUAGUCUUUAUCCCAAUAUACCGCCUCCUACUUUCGCGGAAGCUACAUUCAAAGCACCCAACAUCUCAAACAAAAAUGAUAGCGAAUUUACUCGCUUUGUGGGACCAUCAGAGUACGCUCCACGGUACCCAACGUACGCAUUCACGCCAUCGGCUCCACCAGCGGAUUUGUAGACUUCUUUCAUAGGGUGCGGCAAUAACACAAAAGAGAAAGAAGGUCCUUUCUUUCCUGCGAAGCACAGUUUUGUUACUAAAUAUAUUUUUAGACAUAGCCACAAUAAGUAAACAACGGUAUUGAGUAAAUUUCAAUAUACUUUGUCGCAACGUUAUAAAAUGAACAGGUCAAAACGCACAUUGAAGCAAAAGAUGAAUCUGUCUAAACUAAGAACAAAACUACUAAAUAUAUAUUUUAGCUAUGUAAUAUCUGCUCGCGAUUGUGACCUAGUCAUAGGGCGAAUUGAUCCUAAAUAAAAAGCAUACCUAACACACGACAACAUUACCCUCAUACUAUUGCUACUAACCAACUUACAUAUUAGAUGCAUCAUACCGUUUAUAACACUAAUACCUUCUAAGCCUUCUACUAUGUUCAGACUACGAGCUUGUAACAUGUUAGUCUGUUCAUAGUAUUACUAGUUUGAAAAGCUAGCAUGUAGCCAAGCGCAACUCGAAUUAACUCAGAAUGAAACACAAUCAUUUACAACACAGUAACUAGCAUCACAUUUUUCGAAACAAGCUUGCUACAUAUCCGUCUCACAUUAUGGUUAUAAUUUUAAGCGAAAAAAACCCUACACAUCAUCUCAAACAACUUUGAAAUGCCAAAUCCACUAACGAACAAAACAUGGACUGUGUUAUAAUGAAGAGCCGUUCUAUAUCAGAGUGCCUAGUUUAUAGAGAGGUUUUAACAAAGAUUAGAGAACAAACUAUGGAAAGCCAAAAGAGUUAAACUGCCGUUCUACGCAUAAUUGUCCCAUGUACAUAGGAAAUACCAGCAAACAUGGGACAAAUAUACGUAUGACGGCAGUAAAGUUCUUGCAAAUAAUAUAUGAAAUCCGCUUCCAAUGAACGAGAAAAUUAAAAGGUCAAUUUCGAGAAAAAAAAAUGAUUUCGAUCAAAAACAAACAAAAAUUAAGCCAAAAAGGCGAAAUUGCUUUCCACAUUUACAAUAUUACACUGUAUGUGAUGCCAGAAUACCGUCAUAUUGUAGGAAACUUUUUUUCGGUAGUAAAAUGUUAAAAUAUUAUGUCAUUAUACAACUUCACUUCAAAUCACCUCUGAGCAGUGAGCCGUGAAUUCAUGGAAGUAAGUUUGAGUAGGAUGUAAGUAGUUGAUGUAAAUGCUUCCAAUAGAUUUUGAUUUCUGCGCUUUUUUAUUAACUUUUUAACAUAUUAACGUUUUUGUUUCAAUUCAAAAAUAUAAAAGAAAUAUAGCAUUUUCCUAAUGUA